AUGUGGAAGUCUAAGGCUGGAUUGAUUUUUCGCAGGGUUUCAUCAGCAUUUGAUACCUCGCCUUCUUUUGCAGUAACGAACAGGGUUCGAAUCAUAGCCAGAAGCCAGCAAAGUCAGGUAGUUUCUGUAGUACCCAUCCGUUUUUAUUCUUACGCCAAAAAUAUUAUAAGCUCUAAUACAAAUACACAAUCGAACAGUCCUAAAGAAGAUUCGUAUAGUUCUGAUAAACCCCAGAUUGAAAGUAUUUUGCCUACUAAUGAUUCCGAAAACACUGAGAAAUGCGAGGAAGAUGCUGAGAAAGUGGUUUCUCUUCUCAAGAAGAGAAUAGAGGAGGUAGAAGAUCUGGAAAAAGAGCUGGAAACCCUAGAUAUUGAGAUAAAUGGGAAAAUGAUAGCGAAAGUGGUAAAAUUCUCAGGGUUCAAGACUCAGUAUUUCUUUUGGUUCUUUCGGUGGGCACUCAAACAGCCCGAUUAUGUGCCUAGUAGUCAAAUUAUGGAUACCAUUGCUUUGGUCAUUUGCAAUAGGGGUGGGAGGAAGUGGUUGAAAUCUUUGAUUGAAGAACUUGCAGAAAGUCAGAAGGGCAUCGUGACUGCCACUGCAUUGAACACUUUGAUUGAUCACCUGGCAUGCGCUAAGAGACCAAAGGAGGCGCUAGAGGUUUUUCAACAGUUUGAUAAAUUUGAUUGCAAACCUGGACCUAAGUCCUAUUUUGUCACCAUCCAGGGUCUUUGUAGUGCAUCUAUGUUUGAAGAAGCAUUCUCUGUUUUUGAAGAAAUGGAAAUGGCUGGUUAUUUUCCUGGUAAUGGAUCUACUGCUAGUAAAAUUAUAAGGUGGUUUUGUAAAGGGGGUAGGACGAAAGAUGCCCAUAUGAUUUACUUGAGGUGUAUGGAUAAAGGGAAGUUCCCUAGAAUGGUUUCGAUAAAUGCUCUGGUUGAUUCCCUUUGCAAUGAGGCAAAUACCCCAGAGGUUGCUGCUGAAGUCCUACGGGCUAUUCCUCGCAAGGAGCGAAAGCAUGGUUUGAAAGCGCAUUUUACCGUAGUUCAGGCACUCUGCAAAACCCAGAAGAUAGAAGAAGCUGAAGCAUUGUUGUCACAGAUGGUGAAAGCUGGACCACGUCCUGAUCGUGCAACAUAUAACACCAUCAUUACUGGUGUCUGCAAAGCUGAAAAGGCAGAGAGAGCCACAGAAUUGCUUGAAGAGAUGACAAGCAGGCGAAUUAGACCUGAUAUAUAUUCCUUUAAUGUAAUCAUGGCCAGCUUUGCUAGGGCAGGAAAGAUGCAGGAAGCUUGUGAUAUCUUUUCAAAAGCCAAGGAAGCUAAGAUAAAAUUUCAUUACAUAACAUACAAGAUAUUGAUAGAUGGAUUUUGCAGAUUGGGCGACCCUAAAACUGCCCAUCAGUAUUUCUCUGAGCUAAAAGAGAGUGGUCGCCCUCCUAAAAUGGAAAUUUACUCUAAUUUGGUUAGGGCAUAUAUCAUGCAGGGUUUGGAUUGGCAAACAGCCAAGAAGCUGUUACAUGAAAUGGAAUUGAAGGGACAUUCCCAUACUCCAGAUACUCAAAGUCUUGUUGAUGCUGCAAAUAAAUUGGAGGAGGAAGCAUUACUAACAGAAGCACGUCGGAUCAUUAGAUAG